AUGGAUUCUAUAGGUAAUAUAGGUAGGUACUUAUCAACACAGCAAGUAUAGUCUAUGACACAGCAAGUCACCAGCUGUCAAACUUUGCAAAGUUUAUUGUUUUCAUGGUCGUAAAACGAAAAUAUAAUAAAAAAGAACUCUUAUAAUUAUAUAACUUACUAUUGCGUUGGGAUUAGUAUCUACUUAGAACAAAUGUGGGUAAUGUCUACGUGAUCCGCAAGUUUCAAUUAGAACGUAUUAGUAAACUUUCAAACCAUGUCGGAUUAUAAUGAAAGUUUAUCAAGAAAAACAAGAUCUCGAAAUUUAGAACCAGUGGCUAAGAUUGGUUACAUGGAUGGUGCAUCAGAUGGUCAAACUGCUGAAUUUCAAAAUAGUUUUAAUAUCGGCUAUGAGCAAGGCUUUACAUUCGGUUUACAAUUAGGGUCAAAUGAAGCCAUUUUGAGUUUCAACCCAGAGAAGAAACCACAGGAUUUAGUAGACCAGCGCAGAAUUAAUUGCCAGAUUUGCACAAAUAUAGCAAGUGCUCAAGAUAAUGUAGUAAAUUUAUUUAAUAUUCAGCAAGAGAAAAAUACAGAAUACUUAUUACAAAUUAGCAAAUAAUUUGAAGAAGUAGUAAUAAAUUAAAAAUAUGUCAAGGUUUACCCAAUACAUGCAGGUUUUAACUGUGAUUAUAUUUAUUGUGAUCUAAAAUGAUUUUUUUUAUAUUUGUAUUAUCCUCUAUUUCUCUUUUCCUCAACUUUAUAUUCAUUCUGGGUUUAGUUUCAUCUUAAAUGUUACUGACCAUCCCUGAUAUAAAUUUAAUUGAUUUGACUACUUUGAAUAGGAAAGCUGCACUUACUUCUUUAGUCAUUAAAAAACCCACCCAAACUGGUGAAAUCUUUAGUGGCUGGAUAUGCUUUCACCCAAAAACAGUCCCCCAUAUAUUAUGCCUACAUGUUCUUAAUUGAGAAAUAUACAAAUGAAUGAUUGGGUUGUGUGUAAUAAAAUUAUCAUUUAUAAAAUAAUGUGUAAUUUGU